AUGAUUGAUCUCAUGACAGACUUGUACGCUGAUCUAGCGUACCCUACUCGUUUGAAUCCGCGUACCCAUCAGACUUACAUAAACGUUCAUAAUGACAGACUGACGGCUGAGUUCACUGGAAAGGGCCGCUACUGUGAUCCCGGUUCAGUUCAAGCUGAUAUUUCGGCUCCGAAGGAGUGCGUAUUAUAUUAUUACGAGGUGGAAAUCAUCAGCAGUGAUAAGCCGUCAAAGAUUGUUCUUGGAUUUACGAAUAGGAAUUCUCGAUUCAAUCGUUUUCCCGGCACUGAGGCUUGUUCUGUAGGUUAUCGCGGCGAGAAUGGCCAGUGUUCUGGUGGUAAUGCUAAGUGGGAGCCGUAUGGUUCCGGUUAUGAGAAGGGUGACAUUGUUGGUUGCGGUAUAAAUUAUGUGCGUCAAUGUUACUUUUUCACUAGGAAUGGGAAGUAUCAAGGUGACACUGGUAAACUACAUCACUGUGACAGUUUUCCUACUGUAGGAUUGGGUCAACACCACGACACUAUUAAGUGCAACUUUGUAGGCCCCUUUAAAUUCGACAUUCGUGCUGAAUAUCGUCGUAUUUUAGUUCGGGAGCGUCAGGAUAUAAAUGCGAAGAGUAUCGGCAAGAUUUCUUUAGAUGAUAUCGUUGAAUUAUACUUAUUGUACCGUGGGUACAAGAACACGCUUGAAGCUUUUAAGAAGGAUAGAGCGACUCGAUGUACUAUUAGGGAGCUACUUCCUUAUGACCGCCAUGAGCCGUCGAGUACGAUUAAACGUGAGCCUCAAUUAGAUACUGAUAUUGGGAAGGAUUGGACUACUUCUACGACUCGAAGAAUAUGUGUAAAUCAGAUUCAUUUGUCUGAUGUUGUUUUGAACCGUUUCGAGUGUUCUCUUGCGGCGAGGAAUGAGCUUCGAAAUUUGAUCAGUGCAGGUCGUAUCCUUGAUGCGUUAACGUUACUGCAUUACACCUGUCCCAACGUGAACACGGCAUCAUACCUAUAUUGUCGCGUGAUCCAUCAGCAUUUUAUCGAGCUUGUUUUGCAGGAUCGAGUUCCGGAAGCUAUAGCUUGGCUGAGGGCUUCAUAUGAUUUCUCGCUGAACUCUCAACCUCGUUUUAAAAAGCUUUUAGAGGACACAACUGCGAUUUUGUGUCAUAAUGACGUGAGUACAUCAGCAGUUAUAGAUUGUUACGGUUACCGCCGUCGCUUAUCUGUGGCUCAGAUCGUCAAUGAUUUAGCUCACGGUGAUGAUGUACACAGGAACAGCCUUAGAGUGUUAAUUCAGUUUAUAACAUUGGCCCGCAAAGCUUUACGCGAGAAGAGGAACAACAGUGGUCCCUUUUAUACUGCGAAAGAGAUUUGCCAACCUUUGGUAAAGGACAUAUGA